GUCACUGAGCUCUGACUUGGCCAAUGGGGCACGGUCAUUAGGGCUGACCAAUGUAGGCCCCAGCCUCCACACAGGGCACUAUAAGAGGGGCUGGAUGGCAACAGAGAAAUCACAUCACUCAGAGGUUGCCCCUUUACCACAAAAGCUCCUAAACAUCACUCUCCAACCAUGGACGUAUUCUCCACAUCCCAGAUCUUCUACGACAGCGCCUGCGCCUCGUCCCCUGAAGAUUUGGAGUUUGGCCCCGGAGGCGAGCUCACUGGAUCCGAGGAGGACGAGCACAUUCGGGCCCCCGGUGCCCCGCACCAGCCAGGUCACUGCUUGCAGUGGGCAUGCAAAGCUUGCAAGCGCAAAGCCAGCACUGUGGAUCGGCGGAGGGCCGCCACCAUGAGGGAACGUCGCAGGCUGAAGAAGGUGAACCACGCUUUUGAGGCUCUCCGGCGGUGCACCUCGGCUAACCCAAGCCAACGUCUUCCAAAAGUUGAGAUCCUGAGGAACGCCAUCCACUACAUCGAGAGCCUCCAGGAGCUGCUCCGAGAACAGGUGGAGAACUACUACAGCCUGCCUAAGGAAAGCAGCUCCGAACCUUCUAGUCCGUCCUCCAGCUGUUCGGAGAGCAUGGUUGAUUGCAACAGUCCUGUAUGGCCACAGAUGAAUCCGAACUUUGGAAUUAACUACAACUUUGAUGCACAACAUGCUGGUGCUGUGGACAGAAGCCUCGGAGCAUCUAGUUUGCAGUGUUUGUCCAGUAUUGUAGACAGGCUGUCCUCAGUAGAUGCUGUUGGAAUGAGAAAUAUGGUUGUUCGCUCACCGACUGGUAGUGAUUCUCAAUCCAGUUCUCCAGACAGUCCCGGCAACAGACCGGUCUACCACGUCCUGUGAGAGGGAACAAGAUACUUCAACCUGUUUAGAACGUGGACCACACAGAAACUUACUGAAUCCAAACUAUCCACAGUAUUUACAUACAGACUCUAGAUCUUCUUCUUUAACCAUGUCACCAUGUCUGAAUACGUAGCAUGAUCACAUUGACAGUGAUUUUAUUUAUCGGUAGUAAUCGCUAUGGUACUAGUAAAUGCUGUUUUUUAAUAUAAGCGUACUUAAUGUUGUUUAUUAC